ACACAACACAUUGCUUUCUGCCCAUGAAAUCAAAGUUCACAAGUCAAUUGAAUAAAUAAGCCAUCAGCUCACUGAGACAGUCAUAGUUACUUUUUCACUCACAAAGAGAAAGAUGAUGCUCAAACUGGGGGUUUUGCUGCUGUUAGUGACCAUUGUUCUCUGUCAGCCGGCAAAUGUUGCUCCAUGGUACAGAAAGUUUAUUGAGCAACACAUUAACACGCGAAUGAGUGCCGACCGGUGCGACGCAGAGAUAACUAGAAGAGGCAUAGCCCAAACCAAUAGCAACGACUGCAAGGAGACCAACACCUUCAUCCGCGCCAACACUGGAGUGGUCAGAUCAGUCUGUGGGAAUGCCGGAGUGCGGGACGGUGGCUUUACCAGAAGCCUUCAACCUUUUGACUUGGUUGUGUGCAAACUGAGAAAUCAAGGAGCCAGACUUCCACGCUGUAACUACCGAGGCCAAAUAACUACCAGAUACAUCAAAAUUAAAUGUGAGCAAGGCUAUCCGGUGCACUUUGAAGGUGACAUCAUGCUUGUGGACUAAUGAUUAAUUGUUGUAAGAGUUGAUGUACUGAUCAAUAAAAGGUUGACUGGUAGUCGAA